CUGUCUGUGGCUAUACUAUUUCUGUUUAUCUGUCUUUGUCUGUCUGUCUGUUUCUAUUUUUUUUCUAUCUAUUAAUGAAUCUUUGUCUCUAUCUGUCUCUAUCUAUGUCUUUCAGUGUGUUUGUCUCUAUAUGUCUGUCUAUCUAUCUAUCUAUCUAUCUCUAUCUGUCUAUCUGUCUGUCUGCCUGUUUCUCUCAGAAUGAUCUCAGAAUGACCAGAAACAUCAGAAACCCGUCAGUCUCUUGUCAUUUUGAGAGAUUUUGGCUAUUCUGCAUGAGAAAUUGCCAAGAAACUGAAGAUUUCUGACAAAGAUGUGUACCAGUCCCUUCACAGAACAUCACAAACUGCCUCUAACCAGGAUAGAAAGAGAAGAGCGAGGCUCCGGUGCACAACUGAGCUGGAGGAUAAAUACAUCAGAGUCUCUAGUUUGAGAAACAGAAACAGACACCUCACAGGUCCUGAGCUAACAGCUUUAUUAAACAUUACCCACAAAACACCAGCCUCAUCUUCAGCAGUGAAGAGGCGACUCCGGGGUGCUGGCCGUCCAGGCAGAGUUUCAAAGAUAAAGCCAUAUCUGUGACUAGCUAAAGCGAGGAGAAGGUUAAUAUGGGCAAAAGAACCCAGACACUGGACAGAGGAUGACUGGAUAAGAGUGUUAUGGACAGAUGAAUCUGAGGUGUUUUUGGAUCACAGAGAAGAAGAUUUAUGAGGCACAGAACAAAUGAAAAGAUGCAGGAUUAGUGCAUGAUGCUAUCUGGAGGAGGAAAUGUGAUGGUCUGAGGGUGCUUUGGUGCAGGUAAUGUGGGAAAUGUGUACAGGGACAAAGUAAUCAUAAACAAGGAAGGUUAUCACUCCAUUCCGCAACGCCAUGCAGAACCUGUGGAUGGCGCUUUACUGGAGUCGGUUUCAUCCUACAACAGAGCAGGAGUGAAAUUUCUGCAGUUUACCUCAAUGAACUGACAGAAGACCGAAACUCUGCAAGGCUGGAAUUACUGCAAAUCGAGGAUUGUUUCAUGAAAGCAAAGUUUGAAGCGCUAAAUUCUUAUUUCAUGCAGAAAUCAUUAUCUCUAACCUUGUCAAUAUCUUGACUAUAUUUUUUUAUUCAUUUUGCAACUUGAAACACAUUAAAGGUCAGAUAUAGCUGUAGGUACGGUUAAUAUUUUUGGUUGAGGUCAAUCAAAGUUCACGGAAUGGACACUGCUGUUAUAUCACCCAGUCUAUAAAUCUCACCACACACACACACACACACACACACACACACACACAUUGUAAAAAAACACAUUUCGUUGAAUCUUUAACCCCUGACUGCUCUUUAUAGUAUUAGCUGUGUUUAAUGUGCUUCCUGCAGGUGUGUGUGUGUGUUCCUGCAGAGCGUCUGAGGAACGGAGAGAUGGAGAAGCUCCAGGAAGGAGAAACAUGAGCUCAGAACCUGAGUAACAGAACACUCUAGAACAUUCAGGCGUUACAUAAAGAGGUGUGGACCAGGAAUGGAGGAAACAUGAGCGGUAUAAGAUCAUAGUCAUAAAAAAGUAUUUUAAUUAAAGCGAACUAGGAGUGUCAGAUAAAAAUAAACAUCUAAAGUAGAACCAAGAUUCUUUAGCUGACAUGCAAAAACCUAAGAAUAUACAGAAACUCAAAAAGUGUCUCCACAGCAUUACACGCUCGCUGGGGUGCCAAUAGUUUCUCUCUGUAUUAAAAAACCAUCCAUACUACUAUUUGACCAGUGCACCUUUAAUAGCUAUUACACCAAAGUGCGGUAGAAUUCUGGAUUGUGAUUGGUCAGAAGGUGUUGAUUAAUGUUCUAUAACAGCAGCUCUGACAGUAGCGCAGGUUUAUAUUAAUGCGCUUGUUCUAAUAGGUUAUCGUUUCUAUAGUAACAGCUCAUUCACAUAAACAGAUUUUAAUAACUCAUUGAUAUGGUGAAGUUUUCUUAAAGUAAGGAGAUGUUUAUUUAACUCCUUAUUUAUGGAAGGAGUCUCCAGUGUCAGAGGUGAAGCUGUAACUGUAAGUUUUCCGACGUCUUCAGGACAGAGGAGUUUACGCUUCUUUGCGGUUUCUCAGUAACACGCGUAACAAGCUGCGUUUUAUUUAUUUUGUUUGUUUUAUUAAACAAAACAGGCUGUGAGGAAACGACUGUUUAUAGCUGCUAUAACGUAAGCGACAACUCGUUUCGUCGAAUUUCAACAACAUUAAAUGUAACUAUAAAUGGACAAAAAAGUUGAAAAAUUGUGGGAUAAUAACAGUAACUCUGCUUCAUCACACCACUAGGUCGUUUCUUAUUUUCUGGUAACACACACACACACACACACACACACACACAAGGUGUUUUAUUACUUACCUAACGCUGAUGUCAAGUGUUCCAGAGAAGCCUGAAAGAAGAAGCUUGGUUUCUAUCGUCUGUGUAAACACACUCAGUCAUGUCAGAGGAAACAGCAGGAGGAGCCAUGGAGAGGAUCACACACACACACACACACACACAUCUUUUUAGCACCCGUGCAGCUCAGUGGUGUUGAGUCGCAGUGUCUCCACCUCGGCAUGUUCACCUCUGCGCUCUCACGCUUCUAGAUUGUUCUGGACUUUUGGAGACUUUUGAGGACUUUCAGGUCGGAUGAGGCAGAAAUAAACUUCCUGACUGACCAUGACAAGCGUUUUAUAUUUAGCUGCCGGACUUUACAGAGUGAGGAGAGAAGAGGGGAAGUGAGAGUGAGAGAGAGAGAGAGAGAGAGAGAGAGAUUUUUACUGGAAUAUCUGCGGAAACUCGCGUGCAAACGGAUCCACAGGAGCAGUGCCACAGACGCCAGAGGAGCGGAUCAGAGACACGCUUCAUGGUCAGUGGUCAGGGAUGAGAGCUGAUCUGAUGAGCAGGAGGUCUGUGCGCUGCGGGGACUCGAGCGCGCGCACCGGGCCUCCACCCGCACCCUGCGCUCAUUAGAGGCCAGAGAACCAGGAACGAACCACACACACACACACACACAUACACACACACACACACUUCUUGCGCUGUGAUGGAGGCCUCCAGCCAGGCGGCGGCGGAGGCAGGUGGAGAUCAUGCAGCCAGCGUGACGGUGGCGGCGGCGGAGAGAGCGGACGUCCCGAGUCCGAGUCUGGUGUCCAAGCAGCGCAGUCUGCGUGCCGUGUACGUGCUGAACGACGGGCUGAAGGCGGUGGCGGCGAACAGCCCCGAGUCCGGAGCGUUACAGUGCCUGCAGCGAGCCUGCGACGCCGAGAGCGCCAUCCUCACCACCGUCACGUUCGGCAGGCUGGACUUCGGCGAGACGUCAGUGCUGGACACCUUCUACGACGCAGACAUUGCGGUGGUGGACAUGAGUGAUGUGUUCCGGCAGCCGUCCCUCUUUUAUCAUCUGGGAGUUCGUGAGAGCUUCGACAUGGCAAACAACGUCAUCCUGUACCAUGACACCGACCCUGACACGGCACAGUCUCUGAAGGAUAUGGUGGCCCAGAAAAACACAGCUUCACGGCCCGUUACUCUGGGCUUCCCCUGGGUGCAGUUACCUCCUGAGUACCGCGGCUCGGGUCUGAGGAAUAAAGCCUCCAGUGGGAAUUAUUACUUUAUCCCGUACGUGAUGACGCCCAGCAACGAGUACAUCUGCUGUGAGAACGUGGCCCAGCGGCGGGCGUCGGAGUACAUGCAGCCCAGCUGGGACAACCUGCUCGGACCUCUGUGCGUGCCGCUGGUGGACCGGUUCGCCAGCCUGCUCAAAGACAUCCACGUCACGUCCUGUGCUUUUUUCAAAGACACGCUGCUGAAUGACAUCCGAAAAGCUCGAGACAAGUAUCAGGGCGAGGAACUGGCCAAGGAACUGUCUCGAAUCAAGCUGCGCAUCGACAACACGGAGGUUCUGACGCAGGACAUCGUCAUGAAUCUGCUCUUCUCCUACAGAGACAUACAGGAUUACGAUGCCAUGGUGAAACUGGUGCAGACGCUGGAGAUGUUGCCCACAUGUGACCUCGCCAAUCAGCCCAUGAUCCAGUUCCAUUACGCCUUUGCCCUCAACAGGAGGAACAGUCCAGGUGACAGGGAGCAGGCUCUCCGUGUGAUGUUGCAGGUCCUGCAGUCAUGUGAUCACCCGGCUCCGGACAUGUUCUGCCUGUGUGGUCGGAUCUAUAAGGACUUCUUCCUCGACUCGGAGUGUAAAGACACGAAGAGCCGUGACAACGCCAUCCAGUGGUACAGGAAGGGGUUCGAGCUGCAGCCCACGCUGUACUCGGGCAUUAACCUGGCCGUGCUGCUCAUCGUCGCUGGACAGCAGUUUGAAAGCUCCAUCGAGCUCCGGAAGAUCGGAGUCAGGUUGAACAGUCUUCUCGGCAGGAAGGGGAGUUUGGAGAAGAUGAAUAAUUACUGGGAUGUUGGUCAGUUCUUCACCGUUAGCAUGCUGGCUAACGACAUCCCUAAAGCCGUGCAGGCGGCCGAGAAACUCUUCAAACUCAAACCUCCAAUCUGGUACUUGCGCUCGGUGGUGCAGAACCUGAAACUCAUCCAGCACUUUAAGAAGCAGAACACGGAGCACUCGGCUCAGAGGGAGAGACUCAACUUCUGGAUGGACAUCAUCGUAGAAGCGACGCAAGGAACCACCAACAGCCUGCGCUUUCCGGUGUUGAUCCUGGAGCCCACUAAAGUUUAUCAGCCCUCGUACGUGUCCAUCAACAGCGAGGCGGAGGAGAAGAACGUCUCCAUAUGGCACGUGUCUCCUGCGGAGACGAAGGGAAUCCACGAGUGGAACUUCACAGCCUCAUCUAUCAAAGGAAUCAGCAUCUCCAAGUUUGACGAGCGCUGCUGUUUCCUGUACGUCCACGACAACUCGGAUGAUUUUCAGAUCUACUUCUCCACUGAGGAGCAGUGUGGCAGGUUCUGCUCCAUGGUGAAGGAGUUGAUCUCAGACGGAUCAGGAAAUGCGGUGGAGCUGGAGGGCGAGGGAGACGGAGACACGCUGGAGUACGAGUACGACUACAAUGAGAACGGGGACCGGGUGGUGCUCGGGCGGGGCACGUACGGAGUGGUGUACGCUGGGAGAGACCUGAGCAACCAGGUGCGCAUCGCCAUUAAGGAGAUCCCCGAGAGGGACAGCAGGUACUCGCAGCCGCUGCAUGAGGAGAUCGCGCUGCACAAAUACCUCAAACACAGGAACAUCGUGCAGUACCUGGGCUCCGUGUCCGAGGACGGAUACAUCAAGAUCUUCAUGGAGCAGGUUCCCGGGGGUAGUUUGUCAGCGCUGCUCCGGUCGAAGUGGGGUCCUCUGAAAGAAGCCACCAUCAUCUUCUACACGCGUCAGAUCCUGGAAGGUCUGCGAUACCUGCACGAAAAUCAGAUCGUCCAUCGAGAUAUUAAGGGAGACAACGUCCUGGUGAACACCUACAGCGGCGUUUUAAAGAUCUCCGACUUCGGCACGUCGAAGCGUUUAGCCGGAGUGAACCCCUGCACUGAGACGUUCACCGGGACUCUGCAGUACAUGGCUCCUGAGAUUAUUGAUAAAGGUCCUCGGGGUUACGGAGCGCCGGCUGAUAUCUGGUCUCUCGGCUGUACGAUUAUAGAGAUGGCGACUGGAAAACCUCCGUUUCACGAGCUGGGCGAGCCGCAGGCGGCCAUGUUUAAGGUCGGGAUGUUUAAAAUCCACCCCGAGAUUCCCGAAUCCCUUUCCCCUGAGGCCAAGUCCUUCAUCCUGCGCUGCUUCGAGCCCGAUCCCAGCAAGAGAGCGACGGCCGGCGACCUGCUCAAGGACCAGUUCUUACGCCACAACAUCAAGGGCAAGAAGAACAAGAUCGCCUUCAAACCUUCAGAUUAUAUCCGCAGUGUGUCGCUGCCUGUGCAGUUGCAGGCCGAAGCCACCGGGAGCAGCAGCAGUGAGCCGGGCUCCGUGUCUCCGGACUGCGACUCCAAACACGACGUCUUCUUCAAGAAAAACAACCGCUCGGGCUCCGAGAACCUCAUCAAACCCACGACAUCCAGCUUCCUCAGUGUUCCUGAUGAAAGCCCGACGUCAGAGGACCGGAGUUCUCCAGCCUCGUCUGAGAACAGCGACUCGGGACUCUUCCUGCUGAAGAAAGACAGCGAGAGACGAGCAAUCCUCUACAAAGUGCUGAACGAGGACCAGGACAAGGUCACGUCCAACCUCCUGGAGAACCACAUGCAGGGCAGCACAGAGGAGCUGAAGCUGUCUGUAGAUCACAUCAAGCAGAUCAUCUGCAUACUGCGUGACUUCAUCCGUUCUCCCGAGCGCCGCGUCAUGGCCUCCACCAUCUCCAAGCUCAAACUGGACCUCGACUUUGACAGCACCUCCAUCAACCAGAUCCAGCUGGUCCUGUUCGGCUUCCAGGACUCGGUGAAUAAAGUUCUGAGGAACCAUCACAUUAAACCCCACUGGAUGUUUGCAAUGGACAACAUCAUCAGGCGUGCCGUCCAGGCUGCGGUCACUAUAUUAAUUCCAGAGCUGCAGACUCACUUUGGCCCGGCGUCCGAGAGCGAAGGAGCCGAGAAAGACGCCGACGACGUGGACGUGGAGGAGGACGGCGACUUCGGUGCCGUGGAGAACGUCGCUCCGGAGGACACGGGCCUCACCUCGGGGGUCAGCACCCUCAGCUCAGUCAUGUCCCACGAGUCCCAGCGGCCUCAGCAUCCGCUCGGAGCGCAGCUCACACGCCUCAAGCAGGAGACGAGCAGGCUCCUGGAGGAACUGGUGCAGAAGGAGAAAGAGUACCAGCAGGUCCUGAGGCAGACUCUCCAGCAGAGGGCGCACGACCUGGAGCUCUUCAGACUGAAAAACCAGCCUGCAGCUAUGAAUAACGGCGUCCUCUCAGUAGAAGCUCCUCCCUCCAUCUUCCACAUGUCAGCAGAGCCGGAAGCAGAUAAGGAGCUGACGGACUGGCUGAAGCAGCAGGGUGCCGAUUCAGAGACCAUCGACAAGUUCGUAUCGGAGGAUUACACGUUAAAUGAUGUUCUCAACGACGUCACCAAAGACGACCUGCAGUACAUGAGGCUGAGAGGCGGUGUGUUGUGCCGUAUCUGGAGAGCCAUCCAAAGGCACCGAACCCGAGAGCAGAGGAGAAUACGGAGCAAUGAUGAGACCUCUGAGGGAUGAGCAGAAGCUCGGUUCUCCUUCUGAAGAACUUCUGAAUUGACCUCACACUUUAAAGCGCACACACACACACACACACACACACACACAUACACACACAUGAUCCUAACACACACAGAUGUGGAAAAAUUCCUCCGCUGUGUUUCCGCCUCACUCCACUGCUUCCUGUGUUCCCUUUUCACCUCACAUUUGCAUGCGAGGCCUUUCCCGCCUUUCCCAUGACGUCCAUGAUGGAUAAAACCGUUCCUCUGACCUUCGCUGGGGAAAAUCCACUGCACUCUUCUGGACGAGUCUGUGUUUGUGUUUGUGUUCUCGUCAUUGUUGUUGUUGCUGUUGCUGUUUUUAGUAUCUUCUCUACUGACUUUGUGAUGUUGACUGCAGAUCCUGCGAUGUGAUUGGCUGUCACAGUCGUGCAUUCCUCACGCUCGCACUCUGAAAGUGACACGUGUUCGGAGACGACAGGUUGCCUGAUAUAGUGACCUAACGUGACAACAGGGAACAUGAAGGUCUAUUUUUGUGUUUUGAUGCACAAGACUGAACAAGUUGUCAAAAAAAACAGAUUCACGAGCAUCACCAAGUCCUCUUCUUUCUUCCUCCUGUUGGACUGCUUCAUGGAUAAUAUUUAAACUUCUGUGUAAAUUCAGUUAUGAACUCUAAAAGCCAUAUUUAUUUAACCGUAACCCUGAAUAUUUGCGAAUAAUUCAGAAUAUUGAAACACGAGUGAAUAAAUCAAGCAAAGCCCUGAUUAUUUAAAAGGAAAGUUGAACAUGUUGUAAAGGUUCAUUUCACUCAGAGCAUUAAAAAAAACUCUAAAUACAGAUUAUUUUCAGAUUGUGUACAGUGCAAAAGUUUGCACACCCUUAGGACAAAAUGUAGAAGAUAAAGAAAUGUUCAUUCCUUAAAAAAAUAACAUAUAGUUCAGAUGAAUCGAAAUGAUUUCAGUUCAAAGGUUUGCAGUAUUAGAUAAAUAUUGUCACAGGGUCAUUGCAAAAGAAUUUUUUUUCUGCUUUGAUUUUUCUACGUUUUGGAUUGUUCCAGGACAAUUCACAUUUCUAUUUUGUUUGUAGAUAAAUUAUUAUAUAGCGCUACAAAAGUUAUGCUUUCCAUUCAACAGCCUUAGGGGGCACAAACUUUUGCACUCAACUGUAAGUUUCACUUGAAUAUAGAAAGCCAAUCAGAUUGCAACCUUCAAGAUUCUGAAGCUUUUGGCCAGAAAAGUGUAAGUAAUUAGACCUUCAAUUAAUAGUGGAAAAGCCACAAAAAUGGCAUCAGUUCAUCUGUUCAAAAGUUUGUGCCCCCCUUUCUAAGUGUGAUAUAAAUAUUCUCUACAAGGUCUCUUACAGGGUCACUGGAAAAAUUAAUUUUUUUCUGCUUUCAUGUUUUGGAUUGUUGUCUUGUUUCAGAACACACCCACAUUUUAUGUUUAAACAUUUCAUUUUGAUGAAUUAUAAAUGAAUUAUGAAUAUGAAUUUUAAAACAGAGCUGCAAUUUCCAUUUCUGUUUCCUAUUUUCAAAAAAUUUGGGGGGUGUACAAACUUUUGCAUUCGAUUUAUGUUUUAUUUUAAAAUGUUGGGGUGUUAAAAAUGUUUGCGUGUCCUGACAAACAUAUAAACGAGCAAGUAGCAUCGAUUCAGUGGUUCGGUUGAGUCAAACUAAAAAAUACGAAAAACGCUAAUAAAUAAAAUUAAGGCUUAUUUUUAUAUUUAGACGCCAUUUCAUUAAUUAGAAGCUUUUACAAGUCAGUGUUAAUAAAUUUGCUUCUGGUGGCUGUUUAAGAGCAAGCUGCGCCAGUCGCAGAGAUGCGUAAUAAUUAUAAAUUUAUAUUUAUUUUUAUAUAAAACAUACACUUUUCCAUGAAGUGACUAUAAAGAUUAGAAAGUAAUAAAUAUAUAAAUAAUUUUUUAUUUUAUAAUUUAUGAUUUUAUAAUAUUUAUAGUUGUAUAUUACACUGGAGUAUGAAGAUUGAUGAAGAUUUAAAUUUUUAUGAUUCAUAUUUUCAUAUUUUAAAAAUAUACACUAGCAGUCAAAAGUUUAACACACUUUAGUUUUAUGUUUUUAAUUCUUUACAGACACUUUAAAGGUUUAAUGCUGAAAACUUUAAGACAAACGGGUGAUAAAUAUUGAAGUAUAAGUACAUGUAUAUGUUUAUUUCUGAAGCACAAUGUAUUUUUUAAAAAUAGCAUAAAUUUUACGGAGCUCAGGUUCUUUGGAAAGAUUAAGAAAAGCCUCCUGAGUGAAGCUCCACCUGAAAGAGGGUGAGAAGAAUUUAAAAUAUAAUGGUUUUAGUUUGUUUAACACUUCUCUGAGUCACACCUUCAUUCCACACGUGCUAUUUCACAGUGUUCAUGUUUCAUUAUUAUUCUAAAACAGCAGAAAAAUGUAAUACUAAAAAUAAGUGAAGAUCUUCUCUAAGAAGGGAUGCAGAAACUUUUGACUCGUGGUGUAUUUAGAGCUCAAACGUUGUGCAGAUCUCCUGGUCCAGGCUGAAGCGGCCAUGCUGAAGAGCUUUAGAGCGCGUUAUUGUGUAACAUUCGCGCUGUCAUGGCACGACACCUUACCCAUGGAAGCGAGAAAGUUGCGUAAAACAUUGAGGUGCAUUUUAUCUCACGACUUGCAAAAUUUUUAGCCACGAAACUAACCGUGAUCAGUAGCACUAUUCUUACCCCAGAAAAGCAUUUACAACAUUUCACCCUCGGGGAGAAAGUCGAUACGUUCAGAAACGAGUACAACAUUCCUGAAUAAUUAAUAACAGCGCUGUCGUUUCACACACCCAGGUUCACUGGAACUCGCUGAGGCUGUGUGCGUGUGUGUGUGUGUGUGUGUGCGUGUGCGUGUGCGUGUGUGUGUGUGCGUGCAAGAGUAAAACAUCCACCAAAUAAGUAUGCAGUUUGAGCUGAUUUUGUUGUUGAGUAAAAGUGUCAAACAGUGGGCCAAGUCGAUGCUAAGUCGAGUCAUUUGUCACCUGUGUGAUUUAGCGCAGCUUUGAGGGAAACAUGAUUGCGUGAGUAAAUUAAUACAACUGAAGGGCAGGUAUUGAACUUUUGCUGAAAUAAAACCAUUUUGUAAUAAUGAGAGAAUUUGGCAAAGUUACGGUUUAAUAGCAUGUCGUUUUCUAAUAAGACUACUGGUUGUGUUUAUCAGUGUUUUACGCAACCUGAGCUCAUCAUAGCUAACAAAAACAAGUAGCACCCGCAAAAAUCUCGUACAUUUACGUAGCUAUGUGACGUCAUUAAGCAAUUAUUCUUUGUAAUCAAUCAAUCCACUAACAAACCACACGCACAUCUUUUUGGGAUCGUAGUAAAUCAGGGCCUCAAAUGACGUAAAAAUUUUGAAUUACAUGAAUCAUCACACAAUCACUCAAUCACACAAACCUGAGCUCUGAUUGAAAAUCUUAAAAAUUCUCACAAGCAAGAUGAAAAAAAGCUACAAGCCAUAACUCCGCCUCUCAGUUUAACUUUAACCAAUCACAUUCAUUCAUACAGAAUUUGGUCACAUGACUUGAUGUUUUCGACUUGUGGUUAAGCAACCAUGUUUAAUUUUAUGUAUUUAUGUAUGUGAUUUAAAUCUAGUAAAGGUGUGUGUGUGUGUGUGUGUGUGUGUUUAAAGCUCUAUAUAAUUCUCGUUUGGCUUUGCUUCAGUUCAGACUGUUUAUAAAAGUGAAAUAUGAAGUCAAAUGAUGGACGUUUAAGACCAAAGCACGUGAAGUGCCUUAAUCCUGAACGCUGUGUGUAAAUCCUCAUUAUUUUUCUCCUGAUGUGUUUUAGUAAAUCUUCUGUGUUUUAUCUCUGAUCUGUAUUUUGUUUUUUGGUGAGGAAUCUGUGCACCAGUUUGAUUUAUCACUCUGUGUGUGUGUGUGUGUGCGUGUGUGUGUGUUUAUCAGGGUUUCUGUAGAAUGUGGAAUGAUUUUGUAUACAUCACUGGACAUCAUGGAGGAAAUAUUUUCUGUAUUAACUGCAGAAUGUGGACUAAAGCAUGCACAGAUACAGCAGCAGAAUGUGUUAAAUAUCUGGCCAUCUUUCACCUUUAGUGUUCAUUCAGUUGUGUUAGUGGAAUCUCAAACCUCCUGAAAAUGUAAAUUUCCUACCAGUUUUCUCAAACUAGAGAGACUAGAAGCCUGUUAAUGUCAGUGUGAUGAUUCACUGUAGUAAACUUUUGUUCUUUAAAUAAACACUUUGAGGCACAAGAAGCUA